UGAGGAAAUUUAUGUUCAGAGAGGUUGUGAAUUGUUUAUAGUCAUUUAACUAGUAAGAAUUAUGAAGUACUUGAAUUCAGGUCUUUCUGUAUCCAUGCUCAGUACCCUUUUCAUUAUACCAUUAGUAGAAAAAAAUGAAUUGAGACAAUUCCUCUGAAAUGUAUCCUUGGGAGCGGGGGGAGGCAAAUUCUACUUGGUCAUCCUCUACUACAGGUUGGAGGGACUAUAAGACCCAGGAGACAAGGACUUGUGGAGUUUGAGGGUCCUUGAGGGUUCCUUCUGCAAAAGAAGGAAAUUUCCCAUUUUAUCCUAGUUUACCACUUUUUCAUAUAUAGUGCUUGUGCAUGAUAACUCUCUGUUAGUACUCCAAUCUACUCCUGCCAAAGGAAAAAGAAGUAUCAACCAACCAAGUUGAUCUCCACCAACUCCUUAUUUCUCUUCCCCUGCCCCCAUUAGAUCAAUAUAAUUUCUGAAAUCCCUGCAAAGUGUAUCUGACUGCUCCAGUAGUGCUUGAGAAUGUGCCCCAGCAUGUUCUAAAAACUUGACACUGUCCCAAGAAAAUCUUUUAUUUUAGCUUUCUUGAACAGAAGACAUGUGACUCCUUAAAUGUCACAGUGUAGGGCUUGCAUUACACAGUCUUUGCUGAAACUUCCCUGAAGAUGAUCCCCCAGCUCUUGCUGAUAACUCCUUGAAUUAUAUGAGUUGCAUCAGCAGGGGGUGGUAGGUAGAAGAUGGCAUUAAGGGGAAGGUUUCCAAGGGUCUUCUUCAUCAGGGUGGUUCUGGUCUUUGUCCUCCACAUUGCUCUUUUGUUUUUUAUCAAGAGAAUUAGCCACAUACUGAAGAUGGGCAUAUCUGAACCCUUGAAGAAUCCCUUGCUUGCUUCUUCAUGGGACAUUACAAAGAAGGAAGAUUUCGAAGAUCUGGAUGAGUCUAUGAAAGAGGUCAUAAGAUUUAUCAAAAUGAAGCAGGCAUAUGUAUCAAAGAAUCUCAAGGAUGAAGAGAAGAAUAGCCCAAGAACUUGGAAAUUCAAGGAUGGAAAUAAGGCAAAGGACAAAUCCCAGAGGAAAGUCUUUCCUAACUCAGCUCUUUUCAAUCACUGGGGCAAUGACUUGACUGAGAACCAGCAGAUUGAGGCCCAGAGUCUCUUCCUCGAGUUCGGUUACAAUGUUUAUCUCAGCAAUCAGCUACCCCUCAAUCGGUCCAUUCCAGACACUCGAAGUCCCAGAUGUCUUAAAAAGGAAUAUCCUGCUCAGCUUCCAACUGUCAGUGUCAUUCUCACAAUUAUGAAUGAUGCAAUUUCAACUAUCCAACGUGCCAUAACCAGCAUCAUUUAUCGGACUCCUCCUCACCUGCUAAAGCAACUCAUCCUGGUCGAUGACUUUAGCCCAAAUGAAGAACUGAAGGAAUAUUUGGAAAAACAGAUCCAGAUCUAUGAUUUAAAAUACCCCAGACUUCUGACACUGAUACGCCACAACAAGAGAGAAGGCAUAGCUACUGCUUGGUUUUCUGGCUGGCAAGCUGCCACAGCAGAUGUGGUUAUCCUUUUGGAUGCUCACAUUGAAGUGAACAUUGGAUGGGCAGAGCCCAUUUUAUCUCGGAUCCAGGAAGACCAAACAGUGGUUCUGUCACCCAUGCUCGACAAAAUUCAUUUUGAUACCUUGAAUGUGAAAGAGAAUGCAUUAGCUGCUUUGGGAUUUGACUGGGCUCUCUGGAAUCAUUAUGAUCCUUUGCCAAAAGAUUGGUAUAACUUGGAAGAUGACUCUGCACCAGUAAAGAGUCCUUCCAUUAUGGGAAACUUUGCUGCAGACAGACUCUUCUUAGGAGAGAUUGGAUCCCUGGACAUGGGAAUGAAAGCAUAUGAAGGAGAAAGCGUGGAGCUGGGUGUGAGGGUGUGGCAGUGUGGGGGCAAGAUCGAGGUCUUACCCUGCUCCCGGGUUGCUCAUCUUGAGCAAGCACACAAACCGUACGUUCCCAAUGUGAGGUCAGCAAUGAAGCGCAAUGCUCUUCGGAUUGCUGAAAUUUGGAUGGAUGAAUACAAACCCAUGGUCUACUACUCCUGGAAUCUUCCAAUGAAGAACCAUGGAAUAGAUUAUGGAGAUGUGUCUUCGAGAAAGAAACUCCGAAAGAAACUGAAAUGUAAAAGUUUUGACUGGUACCUCAGAAAUGUUUAUCCAGAUCUGAAGCCAUUUCAAAACAUUUCUGCCUAUGGAACAAUGAAAAACUCUUUGAAUGAGAAGUUCUGUCUUGACCAUGGGCCUAUCACAGCAGAUGCACCAAUCAUGUCUAUAUGUAAUGGCAACCAUACACAGACUGUGCUUUAUUUUCUGUCUGGAGAAUUGCAUGUGGGAAUGUUAAAUCCUAAUUUCAGAUUGGGUGAUCAUUGCUUGAUCGACUCUAACCAAGGUCAAGAACUAACUUUCAAGCCAUGCUUUCAGGCAGCUGCAAACGGAUGGCACAUGUAUUGGGAUUUUAAACAGGGAAGAGCAAUCACCAACAGGACCACCAGGAGAUGCCUGGAGAUUAAAGAGGAUGGCUCAGGGUCUUAUGCUCUCAUUCUCCAGAAAUGUACUGGGCAGAGGUGGAAGAUCCAGCAUAUUGUCAAAACCUUGGAAUCGGUAUAACUCCAAAACCAAUUAAUGACUUGCCCCAAAUGAGUUUGUGCAGUGAGGGCAACAAUCUAAGGCCUUGAUUCAUACAAAUCAGGCUACUUUUGCCUUAAAAGGUAUUGUGAUUAUUCUCUGGAUAUAAUUGGCUGAGGACUAGGAUUCUGAUCAUUGACAUAACCUCCUGAUCAAACUAGAAUAUUGAGGAACUGGAGCUGUUCCUUUGAGCUCAGAACCUUACACCAGUAACAGGACCAAGAGCAGCCUGAGGAAGAAUCCCUUGCUCAAAUCAACUGCAUCACCAGGAAAUUCCUUCUUUGCUUUAAAUGUCCUCCUGCUAUAAAGAAAUAAACUUCAUUUGGUUAAGUAUUAGAAAAACUA